GGAGCUUAGACAAAGGGUGAAUGAAGCCACUCUGUAUUCCUCUUACCUAUUAGGCUGACCUAGUGAAGAGAUGGCCUCUUUUCUAAACUGUCUCUUGUUCAGCUGGGCUCUCCUCCCCCUGCUCACAGCAAAUGAAGUUCCCCUUCCAUGUGUUUUCCCAUUUACUUACAAACAGAGGUCCUAUUCUUCAUGCACCAAGGAUGAUGCUUCUGAUGGGCAGCUUUGGUGUGCCACAACCGCUAAUUAUGACACACAUAGCCAGUGGAAGCCCUGUGCUCUUCAUGAGUAUGGAGGAAGCUCCAAUGGCCAGCCCUGUGUCUUCCCCUUUGCUUAUAAGAAAUGGACGUUCUACACUUGCACCAAUGAAGAUGCUGAGCAUGGGAGGUUCUGGUGUGCCACCACGGGGAGCUAUGAUCAAAAUGAGGAAUGGAGCUACUGUGCUGACUCCAGACUAAAUGCCGACCCUACAGGGCCAUGUAUAUUCCCUUUCAUCUACAAAGGCAAAUCUUAUUCAUCCUGCACAACAGAUGGGUCAUCCACUGGAAAGCUGUGGUGCUCUUUGACCAGCAACUAUGACACAAGUCCCAAAUGGACAUACUGUGAUCCAUCAGAAUCUGUCCCCUGCACCUUCCCCUUCAUUUCAAAUGGGAAAUCAUACUCUGCAUGUACUAAUGAAGGAGCUGCUGAUAACACCCUGUGGUGCGCCACGACUGCUAAUUAUGACAGGGAUGGUAAAUGGAAGGCAUGUUCCUUUCAAGAGUAUGAAGGGAACUCCAAAGGCAAGCCAUGUGUCUUCCCCUUCAUCUACGGAGGCCGAACAUUUUACACCUGCACUAAUGAGAACUCAGAGAAUGGAGCAUUUUGGUGCGCCACGACAGCAGACUACGACAAGGAUAAAGAGUGGAGCUACUGCGCUGACACAAGACUGAAUGCCAACCCUACGGGGCCCUGUGUCUUCCCUUUCAUCUACAAAGGCAAAUCUUACUCAUCUUGUACAACAGAUGGAGCAUCUUCUGGGAAGCGCUGGUGUUCUCUCAGAAGCAACUAUGAUGUGGAUCCCAAAUGGACAUUUUGUGAUCCUUCAGUUCCCCUUCCAUGUGUUUUCCCAUUUACUUACAAACAGAGGUCCUAUUCUUCAUGCACCAAGGAUGAUGCUUCUGAUGGGCAGCUUUGGUGUGCCACAACCGCUAAUUAUGACACACAUAGCCAGUGGAAGCCCUGUGCUCUUCAUGAAUAUGGAGGGAGAUCCAACGGCCAGGCCUGUGUCUUCCCUUUCGUUUUCAAGAACCGGGCAUUCUACACCUGCACUAAUGAAGAUGAUGAAAGUGGGAAGUUCUGGUGUUGCACAAGAGGCAGCUGUGACAAAAAUGAAGCAUGGAGCUACUGUGCUGACACCAGACUAAAUGCCAACCCUACGGGGCCAUGUGUCUUCCCUUUCACCUACAAAGGCAAAUCUUAUUCAUCUUGUACAACAGACGGUGCAUCCAAUGGAAAGCUCUGGUGCUCUCUUACCAGCCACUAUGAUGCAAACCCCAAAUGGACAUACUGUGAUCCCUCAGAACCCUUCCCCUGCACCUUCCCCUUCAUUUUCAAAAAGAAAUCCUACUCUGCAUGUACCAAGGCUGGAGCUGGUGAUAACACCCUGUGGUGCGGCACGACUAAUGACUAUGACAGGGACAGUAAAUGGAAGGCUUGUUCUCUUCAAGAAUAUGAAGGGAACUCCAAUGGCCACCACUGUGUCUUCCCCUUUACUUACAAGAACCGGACGUUCUACACCUGCACCAAUGAAGAUGAUGUGCAUGCGAGGUUCUGGUGUGCAGCAACUGGGGACCAUGAUAAGGACAAGAAGUGGAGCUUCUGUGCUGACACCAGACUAAAUGCCAACCCUACAGGGCCAUGUGUCUUCCCUUUCAUCUACAAAGGCAAAUCCUACUCAUCUUGUACAACAGAUGGAGCAUCCAACGGGAAGCUCUGGUGUUCUCUAACCAGAAACUAUGAUGCAAACCCCAAAUGGACAUACUGUGAUCCCUCAGAGUAUGAGGGGAACUCCAAAGGCAAUCCCUGUGUCUUCCCCUUCAUCUAUGGAGGCCAAACAUUCUACACCUGCACUAAUGGGAGCUCAGAGGAUGGCAGAUUUUGGUGUGCCACGACAGCAAACUUUGACAGGGACAAAAAGUGGAGCUAUUGUGCUGAUACAAGACUAAAUGCCAACCCUACGGGGCCGUGUAUUUUCCCUUUUAUCUAUAAAGGCCAAUCUUACUCAUCUUGUACAACAGAUGAUACAUCCUCUGAGAAACUCUGGUGUUCUCUCACCAGCAACUAUGAUGUGGAUCCCAAAUGGACAUAUUGUGACCCAAAGCAACCCUCUUCCUGUGUCUUCCCAUUUAUUUAUAGGCAGAAAUCCUAUUCCUCUUGUACCAGGGUUGGAUAUUCGAUGCCAUGGUGUGCCACGACAGCUAACUAUGACAAAUCUCCACAAUGGAAAGUUUGUUUCUCUAAAGAGUAUGGAGGAAAUUCCGGUGGGCAAGCUUGUGUCUUCCCCUACAUCUACAAGGGCCAGAUCUUAUAUACUUGCACCAAUCAAGAUGCACCGAUAGGGAAGUUCUGGUGUGCAACAACAGGAAGUUAUGACAAGGACAAGAAAUGGAGCUACUGCGCUGAUACUAGACUAAACGCCAAUGCUAUGGGGCCGUGUGUCUUCCCUUUCAUCUAUAAAGGCAAAUCCUACUCAUCUUGUACAACAGACGGUGCAUCCACUGGAAAACUCUGAUGUUCUCUCACCAGAAACUAUGAUGCAAAUCCCAAAUGGACAUACUGUGAUUUUCUUUCUUGCUCAAGAUCCCUUCCCUGCAACUUUCCUUUCAUUUUCAAGGGGAAAUCCUAUUCUGCCUGUACCAAGGAUGGAGCUUCUAAUGGCCAACUCUGGUGUGCCACAACUGCAAACUAUGAUAAGGACAGUAAAUGGAAGGCAUGUGCCCAUCAAGAUUAUGAAGGGAACUCUAAUGGCCAGGCCUGUGUCUUCCCUUUUGUCUACAAGAGUCGGAAGUUCAAUACCUGCACCAAUGAAGAUGCUCAGAAUGGGAGGUUCUGGUGUGCCACUACAGGGGACUACGAUAAGAAUAAGAAGUGGAGCUAUUGUGCUGACACAAGGUAUGGAGGGAAUUCCACUGGCCAAGGCUGUGUCUUCCCCUUCAUAUACAAGAGCCGGGUAUACUACACCUGCACCAAUGAAAAUGCGGAGAAUGGGAGGUCCUGGUGUGCUACAACAGGGGACUAUGACAUGGACAAGAAGUGGAGCUACUGUGGUGCUGCAAAACUAAACCCAUAUCAUACUGGCCCAUGUGUCUUCCCUUUUACCUACAAUGGCAAGUUGUACUCAUCUUGCACAACAGCCGGGUCCUCCACUGGGAAGCUUUGGUGCUCUCUCACCAGCAACUACAAUGCAAACCGCAGAUGGACAUACUGUGAUCCCUCAGAACUUCUCCCCUGCACCUUUCCCUUCAUUUAUAAGGGGAAAUACUACUCUGCAUGUACCAAACAGGGAGCUGCUGAUAAUACCCUGUGGUGUGCUACGACUGCUAACUAUGACAAGGAGUGUAAAUGGAAGGCCUGUUCCCUUCAAGAAUAUGAAGGGAACUCUAAUGGCCAAGCCUGUGCCUUCCCCUUCAUCUACAAGAGCCAGACAUACUACACUUGCACCAACGAACAUGCUGAGAACGGGAGGUUUUGGUGUGCCACAACAGGGAACUAUGAUACUGACAAGAAAUGGAGCUACUGUGCUGACACAAGACUAAAUUCAGCUCCUAAAGGGCCGUGUGUUUUCCCUUUCAUUUACAAAGGCAAAUCUUACUCAUCUUGUACAAAGGAUGGGUCAUGCUCUGAGAAGCUCUGGUGUUCACUCACCAGCAACUAUAAUGUAGAUCGCAAAUGGACAUAUUGUGAUCCCUCAGACUCUGCAGCUUGUGUCUUCCCAUUUAUCUAUAAAAACAAGACAUACUCCACCUGCACCAAGGAUGGAUCCAAGGUAGAUUGGUUGUGGUGUGCCAUAACUAGUUCCUAUGACAAAGACCACAGGUGGAAGCGUUGCUAUGAGACAGAGCAUGGUGGGAACUCUCAUGGGAAGCCCUGUGUGUUCCCCUUUGUGUACAAGGAACGAAAGUUCUAUACUUGCACUGAUGAGGAAACUAUGCCCAGGAUGUUCUGGUGUGCAACAACCAACAACUAUGACAAGGACGGACAAUGGAGUUACUGUGCUGAUACGAGUAAGCCUGCCCAUGAUAAUCAGCUUCUUGGUACAGAACCUUUUGCACUACCCAAGUGGUAGUAAAUCAAAGCAACA